AUGGCGAUAAUGAAGUACCAGUUGCAGGCUAUCGACCAUAUUCAACCACAGGUAGCAGAGUCUGGGUAUCAGCCCCAGUGGCAGGUGCCCCAGGUUCCGCAUCACGCACAGCAGCAGCAGCAGCAGCAACUUGGUUCUUUUGCCCAACAACAGCAGCAGCAGCAGCAGCAGCAGCAACAACAAUUUGGCUAUCCUGGGCAGCAGCAGCAGCAGCAGCAGCAACAGCUUGGCUAUCCUGGCCACCAGCAACCUGGCUAUCCUGGCCAGCAGCACCAGCAACCUGGCUAUCCUGGCCAGCAGCACCAGCAACCUGGCUAUCCUGGCCAGCAGCCAAAGCUGCCCUGCCCAGCUGCCACCCCGUGUGCCCAGCGUCCCGAGGUGCCCAGGCAGCCUGGCUGUCCUCUCCAGCAGCAGCAGCGUCCCGAGGUGCCCCGGCAGCCUGGCUAUCCUCUCCAGCAGCAGCUGCAACAGCCCGAGGUGCCCCGGCAGCCUGGCUAUCCUCUCCAGCAGCAGCGGCCCGGGGUUCCCCGGCAGCUUGGCUAUCCUCUCCAGCAGCAGCAGCAGCAGCAGCCCCAGGUGCCCCGGCAACCUGGCUAUCCUCUCCAGCAGCAACAGUUGUCCGAGGUGCACCAGCAGCCUGGCUAUCCUCCUCAGCCGCAGCAGCAGCAGCGGCCCAGGGUGCCCCGGCAGCUUGGCUAUCCUCUCCAGCAGCAGCAGCGGCCCGAGCAGCAGCAGCAGCAGCAGCAUCAGCCCGAGGUGCCUCGGCAGCCUGGCUAUCCUCUCCAGCAGCCGCAGCGGCCCCAAGUGCCCCGGCAGCCUGGCUAUCCUCUCCAGCAGCGGCCCAAGGUGCCUUGGCAGCCUGGCUAUCCUCUCCAGCAGCCGCAGCAGCGGCCCCAGGUCCCCCGGCAGCCUGGCUAUCCUCUGCAGCAGCACCCCCAGGUGCCCCGGCAGCCUGGCUAUCCUCUGCAGCAGCACCCCCAGGUGCCCCGGCAGCCUGGCUAUCCUCCGCAGCAGCAGCAGCAGCAGCAGCAGCCUGGCUGUCCUCCCCAGCAGUAGUUAGCUCAGGUGCCCCAGCAGGUUGGCUAUCCCAAGCAGCAGCAGCCGCAAGUGCAACCAAAUAAUCAGUCUUUGCCACCUGUGGUUGUCGGAGGUUUACUUUUAAAUUUCUUGCAAAGUCUGGUUAUCAGCCCCAGCAGCCUCAAGUGCCCCAGCAGCCUCAAGUGCCCCAGCAGGCACAGAUGUCCGCCCAAGCAGCCUCAGAGACAGCAAGUGACCAAAGCAGGCUCCUCGCUACCUGCCCCAGCAGUCGCAGAGACAGCAGGUGCCCCAACCAGGCUCCUCGCUACCUGCCCCAGCAG